CUCGCGGGGUUCCGCGUCGAGGGCGUCUCCGUCGGCGGGCAGGAGACGUGCGUGAUUCUCCCGCAGCUGAAGAUCGCGUUCGAUUCCGGCCGAUGCCCGCAGCGCGCGGUGUACGCGGACACGCUGUGCUUAUCGCACACGCACAUGGACCACGUCGGGGGCGCGGGGUUUUACAUCGCGAGCCGCGCGCUCGUGUCGUUGCCGCCUCCGUCGGUGUUGAUUCCCGCCGAGGCGCGUUCUCGCGCCGCGGCGUUCGACGCGUUCAUUCGAUCGCUGCGCGAGCUCGACGCGAGCGAGUUACCGCACCACUUGGUGCCGAUAUCUCCAGGGGAGACGCACGUGGUGUCGAAACUGCACGUCGUGCGGCCGUUUCAGACGAUCCACCCGGUCGCGAGCCAGGGAUACGUCGUGUACGGCACGAAGGAGAAGCUCAAAGCCGAACACGCGGGGAAGACGGGCGCGCAAAUCAAAGCGCUGAGAGACGCGGGCGCCAAGGUCACGGACACGAUCGAAGUCCCGGAGGUGGCGUUCACGGGGGACACGUCCGCAGAAUGGAUACGGCGCGCGACGGCGACGGCGACGGAGGGGGGCGAAGGCGAAGGCGACGUCGACGUCGUCGCGAGGGACGCGCUGCGGGCGAAGCUGUUGAUCUGCGAGUGCACGUUCGUGGACGACGCCGUAUCGCCAGAGGGGGCGCGGGAUUUUGGGCACACGCACAUCGACGAGCUCGCGGCGGCGGCGAGGGACGGAAAGUUCCAAAACGAAGCCGUGCUCCUGAUACACUUCAGCGCGAGGUACCGAGGAAGAGAGAUCGAGGACGCGAUCGCGGAGAAGUUUCCCGAGGAGUUCGCGAAGAGAGUCACCCCGCUGUUAGUCGGGUUC